AGUGGUCAGUGGACCCAACGUAACUUGAAACUCAAUCUUCAAAAGCAUUGAUGGAACAGGAAUUGAUAAGCAUUCUGUUAUUUGCGAAAAAGGCUUUGCAAACCGGACAAGCAAUAUGCGAACAAGCGAAUCAGUGUACGAAAGAUUCUGCCAUGUUUGCGGAGAACCUAGACGCGCAGUGGUCAAAGCUCGUCUUUCUAUCAGAGCACAUAAAAACGCAAUUGAACACGCUUGUCAAAAUACAUGACUUUAUAAUAUUAACAGCAGGAGACUUACAAGGCUUCAUAAAGACCAAGGAGGCCGCGUUGGGCAAUUUAUCCCUCGCAGUCCAACAAACUUUCGACUCGCUCAAGAAAAGUACUAUAGAUCCAGAUAUCUUGAGAGUAAACCUCAACUAUCUUCAAACACAUACCAGCGACCAGCUCUCCAAAAAUGAGAUGUAUACAAAGAAGAAGAGUCUAUUCGAUUACAUUGACGAUCAAGCUGUGCUUGACCUACAGCAGAAAACGGACGACGAAAUCAGCGCAGUGGAGGCUCUAAGGUCGACUCUGCAAGGAAUGGCAAAGUCCCUUUAUACCUCUUUACAAUCUCUUGUAACAGCUCAAAAGUCGUUCAAUAUGAAGCGACUUGAAGAAACCGCAUCCGACUUUGCUGUUGCGAAGAAAAGUGCACAAGAAGCUGAAAUUACCCAUAUGGCGGAUAUCCUAACGAGCUUGACGAAUCAUUAUGAUCAAGUUGGAAGCGCCAUGAAAGUUUUUCAAUCCAAGCCAUCUGAGUAUCUGGAUAUUUCAGUACUCCAAGAUGAUCAUGAUCAUGUACCAGAUAUAAUUGAAAAUCUUCAAACGUCUUUACAGGAAGUGGAAAAUAUAAGGGAGGACAUGCGUUCACAAUCAGAUGAAUAUAACAAAGUAUACGACAGUAUGGCACGAUUGUUCUCAGAGCUGGAAAGGAUAGGCGAUUCCAAAGGGCCACUAGAUAACAUUUUUGACAGGCUCAUUCGCAUCGAGUUGGAGCUUCAAGAAAGGAAGGAUGUCUUGAAUAACUACUUCCAAAAUCUAUGGGGUUUGGUCGACUGGUACAUUGAAUAUGCGGUGUCCUACGAUUACUUGACUCUGGAGAUUACUAGACGCCAAAGAGUUCAAUUAAAACAGGCGAAAAUGUUGGAGGAAUACCGUCGACAAUUUGACGACUUAUACAAAGAGGAGCUAGAGCAGCGUCGUGAAUGGGAUAGUAAGCACGGUGCAUACUUGCCUACAGAUCUUUGUCCAUUUAUGAGGGAACCUCCGCCAACGAUUGCCGUAAGUUUAUCCCCGGAUAAUCUGGAACUGCCAGUCAUAUCAGCAAAAGCUUUGGAUGAGGCACUUCAGCGUACGGAGAACUACGAAAGCGCUCAAACCCAAACUCCACAAUCAUAAUGAUAUCAUAUUCUACGCUAUGGCUCACCAAUGCAGUUCAUUCAAAAGGUCAAAGAAGUUUGAAAGAGAUGAUUGUAUUAUAUUCACAAUGGAGAUGUUGUUAUUUG